UACUUUUUCUUUUAUAUGUUUAAAUUUUCAGGUGCGAAACCAAUAUUGACACUGAUAGGUGGAAGAGUAGAAGUGAUCACCGAAGAUGAAUAUACCGCACCACUUAAUGAAAGCAAACUCAAAGUAUUGUUGGAGGUCAGGGGAGGAGACUCCACCGAUGACAGGCCCGGAUUGGAUCUUGUGGCGGUUUUAGAUGUCAGCGAAAGCAUGGACGGCGAUAAGUUAGAAAAGAUGAAAACCGCCAUACUCUUCGUGAUCAAGAAACUUACCCCUAUUGAUCGUUUGUCGAUCGUCACAUUCUCGGACACAGCCAGUAUAGUGUCCGAAUUGUGCCCGAUAAGUGAGAAAUCUCAAAAGAAUCUUGAAAAGCUGGUCAAUGGUUUAAAAGUAGAAAGCGGAACGAACAUAUUAAAUGGCCUUAUUGUCGGCUUAGAAGUGGUUAAUAAACCUGGUCGUAGCAGCGACCGUGUGGCUGGGAUCAUGCUUAUGUCCGAUGGGGAGCAGACGGCGGGUGAUGCUGCUACUUUUACGAAGGCCGUAGUUCCUGUAUUUACAUUUGGUUUGGGCUCAAACCAUGACCCUGUGGUGCUCAAAGCUAUCGCAGACAAUAAUAAUGGAACGUUCUCGGAUGUGCAAAAGACAGACAACUUGAGCAAAGCUUUUUCAGCGUGCUUGGCCGGGCUUGUUACGGUGGUUGUUGAGGACCUGAAGCUCACCAUCUCACAAGUGGUGGACGAAUCAAGAAUAGAGCAUGUCUCAGCCGGAAGCUAUCCCAAAUGCAAGGACGAUGCGGCCGGAUCUGUAACCAUUAGCUUCGGCGAGCUGUAUAGCAAAGAGGAGCGCAAGGUCGUAGUAGACCUUCUUCUUCCUGCAGUUACCGAUGGGUAUGACGCGGAUGUUCUCAAGAUUACGUACUCAUACAGCUUUAAGGGACAGAGACCUAUUCCACCACCUCCCUCGAUCCUUUUUGCGAAGCGUGCAGGUACCAAUCAAGAACAGCAAAUGAGUUCCAAAUUGCUGGCCGAGGUAACUCGUAUAUCGACUGCACAAGAGAUGAAAAAUGCGAGAAUACUCGCUGAUGAUGGGGGCGAAACUAAGACAACCAUGGCCAAGAACAAGCUAAUCUACGCCCAAAAUAAAUUGAAGGAGGCUGACAAGUCUGAUCCAAUAAUUCAGAUGCUACAAUCAGAAAUCCAGCAGUUGAUUGGAUUAAUGGAAAAGGAAAUAAUCUACCAAGAACAAGGGCGUUCUUUCGCACUUUCCUCCGAGACAUCCCAUGAUCGCCAACGUUUCGCUACAAGAGGUGAUGAUAUUGAUAAUGUGAAACUCUUUGCCACUCCACGUAUGGAAAAAUACAUUGAGCAAGCUAAGUUGUUCGACAAAGAUCCCGAAAAGCCACCGCAUUCCGCGGAGGAGGAUGUGAAGAAAGAAAUCACUGCCAAUUCACUCCCUCCCGUUGCUGGAGUUUCUAGCUUCUAUAUUAAAGCGGCCAUUCAAUCUCUGCAAUCCGCUGAAAGAUUUAUCAGUAGGGGAAAAGACAUAUAUAUUGAAAAGGCUAUGAAUUCGCUUGAUGAAGCUGUUCAAUGUAUCGAAUCAGUCAAAAAAGCAGUCAGUUAAAUGCCGCUAAUUUUAAUUUUCGUCCGAUUUUGUAUUGAAUAAAUGAAAUUAUUGUAGUAUAUGGUUUCUGAAUUGUUGAAGCUCGUAUAUGUACGUUUUAUCCUCUGUUGUAACAUUAAUACUGGUUGUUGAAUCUUUA